CCUGCGCGGGGCCGCCCUCCCGCUCCCGCUCCCGCUGCCGCUGCCCCGGUCCCGCCGCUCCCUGCCCCUCCCCUCCGGCCGCCGCUGCCGUCCGGCCCCGGGAGCCUCCCGCUGCCGCCGCUGCUCCCGCAUGGAGCCGCCCGCCUGAGGGACGGCCCGCGGCCGCCCCGCCCUCGCUCCAGGUGAUGCCGGUGACCGGGGUGACGAUGCCGCCGGCGAGGCGGCGGCGACCACUGCUGAUGGAGAAGGCGGAGACGGCGGCGAUGAUGAUGAUGGUGAUGAUGAUGAUGGUGAUGAUGGGCUCCGCCGCCCGGCCCUGCCCCUGAGCGGCGGGGAAGCACCAGCGGCCGCCUCCCCUCCUCGCCCGAGAUCGCCCGGCUCCCCGCGGCCGCCGCCUCCCCCUCUCCGGCCUCGAUGUCUCCACCGCGGCGCGGAGCUCCCUUCGCCGCCUCCCCGCCCUCUCGCUCCUCGCCGCCGCCGCCUCCCGCCCGCCCCGCGGUCCGGCGGCUGCCGGACCCCGCCCGGCGGCGGCACCAUGAAGGUGGAAGCGGGAGACAACUCCAUGAUCAACCUGUCGGUGCAGCAAGUGCUGAGCCUGUGGGCUCACGGCACCGUCCUCCGCAGCCUCACGGAGAUGUGGUACUGGGUUUUCCUCUGGGCGCUCUUCUCCUCUCUCUUUGUCCAUGGUGCUGUGGGAGUAUUAAUGUUUGUGAUGCUGCAGAGGCAUAGGCAGGGGAGGCUGAUCUCUGUCAUUGUGGUCAGCAUUGGAUUUCUGGGCUCUGUAACUGGAGCAAUGAUAACCAGUGCUGCAGUAGCUGGAAUUUACAGAGUAGCAGGAAAGAAUAUGGCUCCCCUGGAAGCUCUUGUCUUUGGUGUUGGACAGACAGUACUGACAUUAAUUAUCUCAUUUUCAAGAAUUCUUGCAACGCUUUGAAACUUAUGUAGAAAGAGGGGAGAAAAACGUCUUUCAUCUGGAGAGAAGCUUCCUGACGGUGGAUUCAUCAGCUUACGAACUCGAAUUCUAGCGCAAGAGGGCGGAAGCUGUGUGGCAAGCGCACUCCAGCUGUGGAGGCUCAGUGAAAUGAACAGGCUGUCCUCUGGCGCCGGGACUGCUGCGCUCUGCGCUGCGCCCUAACGUGCCUCUGUGGCGGGCAGGGAUCGAUCGCUGUGUGCCCAGCAGCCCGGGAGCGCCUCCAGCAGCUGCGGCAGCUCCGUGCGCCGAGAUGGCAUCGCUGUCCCCAACACCCGGGAAUGAAACAGAGAGGGGCUGUCCUGGAAAGGUGCUGCGUGCGCCAGACUUGGGCUUUAGUUCUGAGCGGGUGGCUGGGUGAGCUCUGGAAUGUAGAAGAAUUCUGUGAAUGUGCACAAUUCUCCUUGAAUUCAGGUGAAAUAGCAAGGUGACUGACUUUUGUGUAUUAGAAGAACCUCUCUGAAUGCUGAAUAUUUUUGUUCAGCAUUCAAAACAAGUGUUAGAUCUGUUCCAAAAUGUAGAUUAAUUUUGAUGGGGUUUAAGAACCACAGCUUUGACAACCCUGCUAGAAUUAGCACGAUGUGAAGAAUGGCUCGUGGCAGUUUUCUUCUUUGGCACAUUUCUUAGUGAUGUUAGCCUGUCAGAAAUCAGGAGUUUGAGGAGACCGUAUGAAGGUUACUAAGUACAAGCUCUUAUUGUAUGCACAAACAAAUCUUAAACUGAUGUUUUCCUCAAAAUUACUUUGUCUUAAACAUACAGAUGGUCACCAGCCCUUCUGCACACCUCAGAAAAAGGGUACUCAUUGCAAAUAAACUCCCUAUAUUUAAUUAAGCACUGGUAGGAUCCUUACCCCUACAUGGAUUCUGUAAGGAACACACAAAUAGAAGAAACUGUCAGAGAAUACACCUAUGAGGAAAAUGGAGAGGGGUAACAAUACAGUAUGUUGAUACUCUACAGAACAAAAAUAUUAAGUGUAAUAAAAAAGUUACCAUCCUCCAAAAACUUGUAAGCAGGGCAGCACUAAUGUAUUUACUACCUUGUUUCUGAAGACUUUGUGUCUUUGGAAAGAUUAAGAUACCUGGAACUUUCAAAUACUUAGCUUUCAGUAGUUUGUGCUUUUCUAGUUUAAAAGGGACUGAGUGGUGUUGUGCAUGUGAAAUGUCAUAAAUGUGAGUGUUUGGAGUAAAGAGAAAUUUUAAGUCUAAUGACUAAUUAAUUAUGAAAUACAAAAUUUAAAGGGCAUAAAGUUCAGUGAAGAAUAAGGAAUCCUUUACAUCUUUUCCCAGCUAAAUGCUUUUCAGCAGUUGUCUUGUAAUGAUGAUGGGGAGUAAAUCACUCAAAGGUUUUGCUGUUAUGAUGUCAAAAAGGAUGUCUUUCAGGACUGUCACAAACACUGGCACCUACUACACACCUAAAAGAGUAUGUUUAAAAUACAACUUGCAAUCCAGUCAUUGCUUAGUAUUUCUAAAUAUAAUGAAUUAACCUGUCUGCCUUUAUCUUAUUCCACAUUUCUUUAAAGUACUAGGAAUAUUAUUUGUUUUCUUUAAAAGCAUCAAAGCCUUGUUUGGAAAGCAUCCAGAGUUAUGGGCUUUGCAGGGAACAAGUUAAAAUAUAGGUUUAUAAACAUUUUCAGUGUUAUUUUUACUUCUAAUUGCUUUAAAAAUGUGACUGAAUACAUAUGCUCUCACUGUUUUUGAAUGUCUUCAAAAACUUUUUUGUGGCUUGUUUUUAUGUCUUUUGUCUUUUACUUUCUGCUUAUACUUUUUGGCACAGAACCAUUGCACUUUAGUACACAAUGAAAUUGACAGCUGUAACAAGCAAUUGAAACUUCUCCCCAUUGUCUUAAAUUGUGAGAAAACUGGUUUCAGGUAUUUAAGUCAAAUUGAAAAAUAAAGUAAUUGAAGAUA